AUGUCCACGCCUGCUCUCUCAUCCCCCAUCAUAGUAUCACCUGAUGUGCGCUCACCUUCAAGAUCCCCCAGUAUAAUUCAAAUGUCCCUCCAAUCUCAGACAUCAACGGGUCUACCGAGGGCCUCCCUUUUAAGACGCACAGGUAGUCCAACCAGUGGGCACAGUGCAGGGAGCGCGGGCAGUCCAAUGAGGCAGUAUGGCAUAGAGGUUGCAAACAAUGAAUAUUUCCAUCACAUGUACUCCAUGGUCGACUUCUGCAGUUCUGACCGGAAGUCACUAUUAAAGUUAGCAAAGAGCACGCAUCACAUUGUUCGUGGUGGCCGAGUGGCUGCUCAAGCUAGAUUCGAACAAUUUCUGUCGUUAUUAAAAGCAUUGGGUGAGGAGUUGGACGACUGGAAGUGGAAGGAAUUCGAGGCGGAACAAACCUUGUGGUCAUUGCAAUCGCAGGAAGGGGACGUCUAA